CUCUCUUUGUGCAUUCAAGACUUGACUACACUAUCUUCAUCAAAAUGCCUUCCUACGUGAUCACUGGAGCCUCUAGAGGCCUUGGCUGGGAGUUCCUCCUCCAAGUCUCCAGCGACCCCAACAAUACCGUCAUUGGCCUUGUCAGAAACAAGCUGGAGACCGAUAAAAAGGUAUCAGAGGAAUUGCCCGAGCGAUCCAAUAUCCAUAUCUUGCAGGCCGACAUUACCGACUACGCCGCUCUGCAGAAUGCCGCCGCAGAGACCGCCCGUAUCAUUGGGGGAGGACUCGACUAUCUCAUCGCCAAUGCCGGCGCUGUGGCCAGCUUCGAUGCUUAUGAUCCGAUCGGGGUGUUGGGCCAACAACCCGACGUCCUGGAGGCUGAGCUGAUGCAUAUGCUCAAGGUCAACGUCGUCAGCAAUAUCCACCUUUUCAACCUGUUCGUCCCUCUCAUCCAACAAGGUCACGUCAAGAAGGUGAUUGCCAUCUCCUCGGGUCAAGGCUCCCUGGAGAUCAUCCCCCGGCUGAAGAUCAAGGUGGCAUCGCUCUAUGCCAUUAGCAAGGCCGGCUUGAAUACUGCCGUGGCCAAGUUUAGUGCACAGUAUGCCGAGGAGGGGAUCUUGUUUAUGAGCAUUUGUCCGGGGAUGGUCGAUACGGGACGCUAUGUCGGUGCCACUCCGGAACAGAUACCCGGGUUGAAGGAAAUGGUCAAGACCUUUGAAGAAUAUGCGCCCCAUUGGAAAGGGCCCAGCACCACCGAGUCUGCCGUCAAGGACGUGUUGUCGGUGAUCCACAAAUCGAGCGUGGCAAACGGGGAUGCUGGAACUUUUGUGUCGCACUUUGGGAAUCAGCAGUGGCUAUAGACGAUGAUUUUAAUCAAGCUGCAGCAUUCGCCCUUGAGCUGUGAUAGCUGCUGGCAAUUCCCUCAAGUUAUAGGAGCUAUGCAUGGGACAGGUAAUUGGUGGAAGGUACAUAGCUAAUUCGAGC